CCGGAACGGUGAUUCACCCGCGCGACCAGCCUUGUUUCAGAUCUAAAACGCAAAUAAAAAUCAUAAAAUAAGUUGUGAGCUGGUCAAGUCCAAUUCAAUCUCUGCACUGAGCAUUACCAGACGCAGAUCUUUACAUUUUUCAGUAAACUAAGUGAAGAUCCAAAACCCAAAACCCUAAUUCGAUAUUCAGGUAGAAGGAAAUGGAGGCAGAAAAUGCAGAGGAGAAGUCGACGGUGGCAAGCCUCCUCCCUCUCGCCUCCGUCUCUCAGCAGCCCUACAUCUCUGAGCUUCUCUCUUUUACUCUCGAUCGCCUUCACAAAGAACCAGAGCUACUGCGAGUUGAUGCGGAGAGGAUUCAAAGGCAAAUGCAGGAAGUGGCAGUAUGUAAUUACCGUGCGUUCAUAGCUGCAGCUGAUGCAUUACUUGCAAUUAGAGAGGAAGUGUCUUCUAUUGACAAACAUCUUGAAUCGCUGAUAACUGAGAUCCCAAAGCUGACAUCUGGUUGCACAGAGUUCAUUGAAUCUGCCGAACAGAUUUUAGAGGAGAGGAAGAUGAACCAAACAUUGUUAGCAAACCACAGCACAUUGCUUGAUUUGCUUGAAAUUCCUCAACUUAUGGACACAUGUGUACGGAAUGGAAAUUAUGAUGAAGCUCUUGACCUGGAAGCAUUUGUUGGUAAACUCUCAACCAUGCACCCCAAAUUACCUGUCAUUCAAGCACUAGCUGCAGAGGUUAGGCAGACCACCCAAUCUCUUUUGUCUCAGCUUCUUCAGAAACUUAGAUCUAAUAUCCAGUUGCCCGAAUGCCUCCGGAUCAUUGGCUAUCUACGUCGGAUAGGAGUAUUUAGCGAGUAUGAAAUGCGUUUACAGUUUCUGAAAUGCCGAGAGGCAUGGCUUACUGGUAUACUGGAGGAUCUGGACCAGCGAAAUGCGUAUGAAUACUUGAAAGGGAUGAUAAAUUGCCACAGGAUGCAUCUUUUUGAUGUUGUUAACCAAUAUCGAGCAAUAUUUGCAGACGACACAUCAGGCAGUGAAGAAAAUUAUGAUGGUGGACUUCUUUUUAGUUGGGCCAUGCAUCAGAUUACUGCACACCUUAAAACUCUUAAAAUAAUGCUCCCAAAGAUAACUGAGGGUGGGUCUCUAUCAAAUAUUCUAGACCAGUGCAUGUAUUGUGCAAUGGGACUUUGUUGGGUUGGUCUGGAUUUUCGGGGCUUGCUUCCGUCGCUUUUUGAAGAGGCUGUCCUCAACUUAUUCUCAAAGAAUAUGAGCACUGCAGUUGAAAAUUUUCAGUUAGUUCUGGAUUCACAUCGCUGGGUUCCACUACCAGCAGUUGGCUUUUCAACCAGUAUUGUUGGUGAAGAAAAUCAAGAGGAUGUGACUCCACCAUCUUAUUUAAUGGAACAUCCACCUCUUGCAGUGUUUGUUAACGGUGUAUCUGCUGCAAUGAAUGAACUACGCCCUUGUGCCCCCUUAAGUUUGAAGUUUGUGCUUGCUCAAGAACUAAUUAAAGGCUUGAAGGCUGUUUCCGACUCUUUAUUAAGAUACAAUGCAACUCGGAUGCUCAGAGAAAAUGAAUCUGGGCAUUUCCUCUCCCUUUGCCGAUCUUUUAUAGAGGUGGCUUACCCACAUUGUGCAACGUGCUUUGGUCGCUGUUACCCAGGGGGUGCUGCUCUUAUUAUGGAUGCAAAAAAUUUAUAUGAUGGAAUUAACCGCCUACUGACAGCCUCUCCCUCGAGAGAACUCCCAAGGCCCCACAGUAAUGCUGAGGAAAAGAGCAUAAAAGAAAAUGGGGAUCUGCCUGCAGUUGAAAAUGGGGUUACUCCAGAUGUUGAAGACACAAAGGAUACUAUAGAUGCAGAUGAAAAGGAGCAGGAAAGCCCCAAUUUACAGACAAAUGAAGAGCAAACUGCAGCAUGAAACACCCAAAGAAAAAACCAUAUAGGCCCACCAUAAUUUUGUAGUGCUCCAUUAUUUUUUAUUUUUAACUGUUUGAUAUUCUUCCCACCACCAUUUGUAAUAUUAUCCUGUCACUUGAUGUUCAUUAAUUUUUAAAUAUUUGUUGAGAUAUACAAGAGGAAGAGAUUAUUUCAUGGACAGUUGGAUGUAGUUUAAGAGCUUAUUGUUGUGUAAUAUUCUUAACCUGCCAUCAA